UCUAUUUCGCGGUGUGAGGUGAGCGGGUCUGAUGCUCCGAGGUAGGACACUGGGAUCGGCGGUAGCGGCUUUGGCCGGCUCCCCUGCACUGGGCAGGGCUCGCCUUCACUGUGGCUGCCGCACCCUCAGCGACACAUGUGCCCCGCAACCGAAGCCUGCAUCCGAGGGGCUGCUUGCAGAAGCUUCGCCGGGCCUCGGAUGGAGAAGCCGCUUUGACCACCGGUCACUGCCCUUCUCGGCCUUCCUGACGGACAGUUUUGGGAGGCAGCAUAGUUACCUGAGGAUCUCGCUUACCGAAAAGUGCAACCUGCGAUGUCAGUACUGCAUGCCCCAGGACGGGGUGAAGCUAACCCCCAGGACGCAGCUGCUCACCACGGAGGAGAUCGUCACCCUGGCGGGGCUCUUUGUGCGGGAGGGGGUGGAUAAGAUCCGCCUGACGGGAGGCGAGCCACUAAUCAGGCCUGACGUGGUGGAGAUCGUGGCUCGACUUCACCAACUGGAAAACCUGAAGACGCUCGCCGUCACAACUAAUGGCAUCAACCUAGCCAAGUUGCUGCCCAGCCUGAAGGAGGCGGGCCUCAACCUCCUCAACGUCAGCCUGGACACCUUGGUCCCUGCCAAGUUUGAGUUCAUCACCCGAAGGAGAGGUUUUCACAAGGUGAUCGAGGGCAUCGACAAAGCCAUCGACCUGGGCUACAACCCCGUUAAGGUGAACUGUGUGGUCAUGAGGGGCCUGAACGAAGACGAGUUGCUGGACUUCGUGAACCUGACCGCCACAAAGCCCCUGGACAUGCGGUUUAUCGAGUACAUGCCAUUCGAUGGUAACAAGUGGAACUUCAAGAAGAUGGUGAGCUACCAAGAGAUGCUGGGCGUCAUCAGGCAGAGGUGGCCUGAGCUACAGAAGCUGCCAUCGGGAGACUCUGGAACUGCCAAGGCUUACAAAGUGCCCGACUUCCAGGGCCAGAUCGGCUUCAUCACCUCCAUGUCGGAACACUUCUGCGGCUCUUGCAAUCGGCUGCGGCUCACGGCUGACGGCAGCUUGAAGGUCUGCCUCUUCGGGAACACCGAGGUAUCCCUGCGGGAUGCGUUGCGCUCCGGAGCCACGGAAGAGGAUGUCCUGGAGAUCGUUGGAGCCGCGCUGAGCAGGAAGAAGAAGCAGCACGCAGGGAUGUUCAGCCUAUCGCAGAUGAAGAACAGACCCAUGAUCCUGAUUGCAGAGGGAGAUCCAGCUGCUACCCCCGCGAUCCAACAGCCGCUGGUGAAGGGCCUGCCCCCUGCUCCGAGAGGAAGGUGGUUCGGGAACGCUGGGCUCCCGCAUGGCGGGGUCCCACUGCCUCCGAGCGGUGGAGGGGGGUGGGCGCUGGGCUUGGGCCCCCGGGCCCACAGCACCCAGGGUGGUGGAGCCAGGAGGGGGGGCCCAGCCGGCGGAGAGGACCCGGUGGCCCCCGGCGACAGAGAGGAGGCGCCUGGGCGACUGACGCAUGUGGAUGAGCGCGGUGGGGCGGCCAUGGUGGACGUGAGCCGGAAGCCGGAAUCGUGGCGGGAGGCAGUGGCCCAGGCCACGGUGCGGCUGGGGGACCAGGCCUUCCGCCUGGUGCGGGACAACCAGCUGCGGAAGGGGGAUGCCCUGGCCACCGCCCAGCUGGCCGGAGUCUGCGCGGCCAAGCUGACCAGCCAGCUGGUGCCCCUGUGCCACACCGUGCCCCUGCACCGCAUCCAGGUGUCCCUGGACCUGGACCAGGCCCGGCUGGCCGCCAUCAUCACGGCAACGUGCGGGGCCCACGGCAGGACUGGGGUAGAGAUGGAAGCCUUGGUGGCGGCCAGCUUGGCCGCCCUCACACUCUAUGACAUGUGCAAGGCCGUCACCCACGACAUCGUGGUGGAGGACGUCAAGCUGCUCAGCAAGACGGGCGGCCAGGGCGGGGACUUCCACCGCGGACCUGAGAGCCCGUUGACCCCCAAUUGACCAUUUUCCCCACCCCAUCUCUGUCGACGUCUCAGUUCAAUGCCCAACUCCACGGUCUCGAGUCUGCAGUGCAGUGCAGCCCCCAUGAGAGUGUGACCCCUGCGACCCUCUGGGGUGGAGGUGAGAGUUGCUGGCUCUCUUUUGGAGCUGUAACAGCGCAGAAACAGGCCCUUCGGGCUACCCAGUCUGUGUCCAUUUACACCCGUCCUUGCCCAUUCUCUCCUCCCCACAUUCCCAUCAACUCAUCUCCACACUUUGGGAUAAUUAACUGCAGCCAAUUAACCUACCAACCCGCAUGUCUUUGGGGGGGAGGGGGGGAAUCCAAAGGGAGAAUGUGCAAACUACACAUGUAGAUGUAACACUGGAGGUGAGGAUCGAACCCUGGAGCUGUGAGGCAGCAGCAAUACUAUCUGUGCCACUGUGCUGCCCUUCAAUCAAAAAACCCUUGGUUGUCGUCAUCUAUGGGAUCUUGCUGUGUGCGAAUUGGCUGGUGUGUUUUCCACAGGCCCAUCGCUGCAGAUGCACCUCAUAGUCAUACAGCAAUGAAACAGGCCCUUCAGCCCAACUGGUCCAUGCUAACCAAGAUGUCCAUAUCCCUCUGAACCUUUCCUAUCUGUGCAGCUGUCCAUCUGUCUUUUUAAAUGUUGUUAAUGUACCUGCCUCCACCACUUCCUCUGGCAGCUCAUUCCAUAUAUGUACCACCCUCUGGGUGGGGGAAAAGAAAAGUUGCCCCUCCUGUUCCUAUUAAAUCUUCCCCUCUCACCUUUUAAACCUCUUCCCUCUAGUUCUUGAUUCCCCGACCCUGGGCGGGCAGGCAAGACAACUACAUUCACCCCCUUUCUUCACCUCAUUGACUGCAGGGCUCUCCCUGGGAUGUCCUUUGAUUGUGCAGGAUGUUGCUUCACUAGUAGCCUCUCGCUUCGCUCCCCACGCAAACUAUGCGUUGUUAACGGCUUCAGUCGUACAGCACGGAAACAGGCCCUUCAGCCCAUUGAGUCCAUGCCUGCUAUUUACCAAUUCCAUUUUAUUCUCUCUCCCCCCAUUCCCAUCACCACCUGCCAGGUUUCACCACACACCGACACACUUACGGGCAAUUUACGGUGGGCGUUUAACCAACCCAUGCAUCUUUGGGAAGUGAGAGGAAAGCAGAGCACCUGGGGAACCUGCAAACUCCACACGGACAGCAGCUGAGGUCAGGAUUGAACCCAGGUUCCUGGUGCUGAGAGGCAGCGGCUCUGCCAGCUGCGCCACUGUGUCCUCAAGCCAAUGUUCUGUGAAUUCCUUCAUACCUUAAACACCCAGUGACCGAGCAUCGAUAGGGUUUCGGGGUAGAGAGUCCCAAAGGGGUUGUGUAAAGAAGGUAGGACACAGGAUGUGGUCUGAUGCACCUUCCACAACCACAAGGCAGCCUCCACAGUGAAGCUUGUCAUUGUCAGUGUUUAGGAUAGGGAGGUUCACUGUGUAGGGUAGGAACUGUCAUAGUCACAGAGUCAUACAGCACAGAAACAGGCCCUUCUGCCCAACUGGUCCAUGCCAACCAAGGUGCCCAUCCAAGCUAGUCCCAUUUGUCAGCGUUUGGCCCUUAACCUUCUAAAACUUACUUUUCCAUGAACCUGUUCAAAUGUCUUUCAAAUAUUGUUAUUGUACCUGCCUCAACUACUUCCUCUGGCAGCUCGUUCCAUGUACAUACCACCCUCUGUGUGGGGAGGGAAGUUGCCUCUGAGUUUCUGUUAAAUCUCUCCCCUCUCACCUUAAUCCUAUCCCCUCUAGUUCUUGAUUUCCACAAUCCUGGGAAAAAGGCUGAGUGCAUUCACCCUAUCUAUGCCUUUAUUUUUUUUUAGAAACAAUGCAAAAGUUUAUUCAACUAAAAGCACUAUAAAAAGACAUCAACUAUCAUAAUAUGCACUAUGAUAAAAGGAACUGUACAUAUGCAUAACUACAUCAGAUGCAAACUAAACUACAGCAAAACAUGCUAUUUCAAAUUAAAAUACCAUUAGCACUGUUUACAACACACUCAAUCCCCUGGAAGCCCCACCGAUCCUGGAAUUCUCCCAGGGUGCCUGUGGAUAUUGUGUGCUCCCUUUCAUAAUUUUAGGCAUUAGUAUUGGUUUAUGAUUGUCACUUGUACUGAGGUACAGUGAAAAACUUAUCUUGCAUACUAUUUGUACAGAUCAUUUCAUUACACAGUGCACUGAGGUAGUACAGGGUAAAAACAACAAUAACAAUACAGAGUAAAGUGUCACAGCUACAGGGAAGUGCAGUGCGGGUAGACAAUAAGGUGCAAGGUCAUAACAAGGUAGAUUGUGAGGUCAAGAAUCCAUCUCAUCGAAAAGGGGAACCGUUCAGUGCCUGGUGGUACGUGCCCUCAGGAUCCUGUAUCUUCUGCCUGUUGGGAGAGGAGAGAAGAGGGAAUGACUGACAGUAUAUAAGAUCAACCCUCAUUCGCUCAAUGAAUAAAGUCCCAACCUCUCCCUAUAACUCAGCCCCUCAAAUUCCUGGUAACAUCCUUGUAAAUCUUCUCUGCACUCUUCCCAGUUUACCAACAUCUUUCCUAUAGCAGGGCGACCAAAACGGAACAAUGCUCCAAAGGUGGCCUCACCAGCUCCUUGUACAACUGCACCAUGACCUCCCGACUUCUACAGUCAAAGCACUGACUGAUGAAGGCCAGUGGUGGAAAGAUGGGCCACCAGUAACAGCGAGGGGGGUGUGGGGGGAAGGGGCCGGCCAGAGGUCAUGGAGUUGCCUCUUGCAGUCUCCAGCUCAGUGAGGUGAUGCCGACCUCAAAUGUAGGCAGCCGCGUUAGGCACAAGUCACGCCAGAGAAACAAUGAUGGGAAUCUGGAGGUGAUGAUAGGUCAGGGAGGUGGACAGGAGUUGGGAGGGCAGGGGGGAGGCUGAGGUUGGGGAAGAGGUGUCCAGGUUCUGGGGAUGGAGGUGAACGUUGCUGGUGGAUGACGAUACGGAGAUUGUGUAACCUGAGGAUGUGACCAGGGAGAGUGGGAAGGAGGUGGUUUCUUGGUUGCUCAGUGAGCUGCUCUUCCUCUGUACCCUCGCCACCCUCAAACUGUGGGAUAUUUGUGUGAUUAGUUGCUUUUCUACAAGAGCUGGGUCUUUGCUUGAGCCUCUGUCUUCCCUCUGCCAGUUCAGCGCCAAUCCUUGGGCUUUGGAUUGUCCACCAUCCAUUGCUUCUGUUCCUUUCUUACGUCCUCUUGCACCUCGCUGUGGAUUUUGCAUUGAUACAACACAGAAACGGGCCCUUUGGUCCAUUGAGUCCAUGCUGACCCACUUGAACUAAUCUCGCACCGAGCCCAUUUUAUCUUAUUCCUCCCCACAGUCUCGAGAACAGACCCCCCUUCCUCCCCCCCCCCCCAAGCUUUUGCCACCACCUUGGACCAAUUUUACAGUGGGCAGUUCGCCGAUCAACCCACACGGUCUUCAGGAUGCGGGAGGGAGCCCACGGCGAGAACAUGCAGGCUCAGUGCAGGCGGCACCCGAGGUUAGGAUUGAACUUGGCUCACUGGAGGUGUAAGGCAAAGCUCACGAGCAAGAUGAGCCCAGUCUUAGACAUCCACUUGUAGCAAACUCCGUGCACAUGGAAGCAUCCCAUAUACAAUUAUGUUUUCCUUCUGGCAGAGAAGGAGGCCAUUCAGCCUAUCGAGUUUAUCCUGGCUCUCAGAGCAUUCACACCAAUGCCAUUCCCUCAGUUUUACCCAUGUUCCUAUUAACACCUUUCUCAUGCUCCCACGAGCUAUCUUCAUUAGGGGUAAUUUACAGUAGCCAAUUAAUCUACCAGCCUGUCUGUGGGGGUGGAAACCAGAGCACCUGGGCAUAGCCCAGGCAGCCACGGGGAAAAUGUGCAAGCUCCACAGAGACAGCAUCGGAGAUCAGGACUGAACCCGGGUUGCUGCAGGUGUGUGACCUGCUUUGCUGCCCAAUCCACAGAGGUGCCAGAUCUCCAUUGUCACUGCCCCAUGGGAAUCCUGGUUACUAGUCACUCGGGACAGAUGUGUUGAGUGUGUGGGGUGUGCAAGCCACUUUGUAAAGAAACUUAUAAGUAAUAUAAGACAUGGCUGUACGCAUGAGAUGUUGCGAAUAUUAGGACUGAGUCAAAUGUUUGUAAUAAAGAUUUCCUUUUCACAUUA